CUGGAUAUCAAAGGCAUCUCUCAUUUCUGCAUAGGUACCAGUGGAUUGAGGACAUCAGAGACAGCAGCGGAAGCAAGUAAGGCAGUCCAGAUGUAGAGUUCGUGGAAUUCGUCAUUCUUCAUGACGGAGUGCGGAUAAAUAAGGAACCUAUUUUCUCUCAUCCUCGUCAAGAGCCUGUAGAGGAGUGCUAAGAUGCCACCCGAUGAGUCGGACGAUCGAUGACUUGGUUGGAUUACGCCGUAUGCCCUUGAGAGAGCGCCUCAUUGAUUUCCCAAGGACUCUGAGUUACUCAGUAUUGUCAGUAUCUAGUUUUUUUAGUAGGUAUGUCCAGUGUAAUGCUUCGUUGAAUGACGCAGACCUAUUCGCUCACCGGGAUCGUGCCCCUUUAGGCAUGGCAUCGAGAACGAUAAAAGCAGCUAUUCACUAGAUUGUCAGCCUCCAACUUCGUCUCUUAAGUUUUCCCAUUCUCCAAUAAACGUAAACACCCAGUCAUCGACAUCGAGCGAUGUCAUUAGAACUCACCUAUCCUCCUGCACAUGCCCCCUUCCUCUUGACAGACUAUCUACAAUUUCACCUUGACCAUAAUCCAAGCUUCCCAGCAUUCGUGUAUCCUAAUGAAGAUGGCACACUCACGCACAUCUCAUUUCUUGAAUUUGUGCGUGCCGCUCACCGUGCAGCGCACGCAGUUCGACCCAACCGUACAGGUGCGGACGGAGAAGUCGUCGCAAUCAUUGCCAACACAGAUAGUCUUUUGUAUCAAGCUAUAAUCUCAGGCAUUACUAUUGCUGGUCUCGUGGUAAGUAGCUGUUCACCACGAAUAUGACACUCACUAACUGCACACACAUGUGUGUAGCCAUUCCCUAUGUCGCCCCGUAACUCCUCUGCAGCUGUUGUCAGCAUGUUGCAAAAGACUGCGUGUAACCGUCUGCUCACUCUUCCUUCUGCGCAUCAAUCCCUUGUCUCCGGCAUCAAACGCGAACUCGGGACUCCCUCACUACACGUCCAGGUUAUACCUACUCUUGCAGAGGUCUUUCCUCAUCUCGGGAAGGAACAAGCGCAUGACACGUUCGAGCGGUACCCAUCGGCUGGACGUCCAUCAUUGGACGAAGCUGCUGUGUACAUCCAUUCGUCAGGUAGUACAGGUUUCCCGAAGCCUAUCCCGCAGACAUACCGCUCUCAGAUGCACUGGCUACAGCAGCCGGCCAUACAGGGUUUCGCAGGGUACACUCCUGCUAUACGACUCGCAGCCGCAUCACUUCCCCCUUUUCAUAGUCUUGGGAAUUGUGUCCAGUUGUACUCUCCACUUGCGUCUGUUGUUACUGCGGCACUUUUCCCUCCAACUUCGUUUGAUGACCCAGAUGCCCAGCCAGUCAUCCCAACGUCUGACAAUAUCUUGGACAACAUAAGAAAGACAGGUGCAAACUGUGUUGUGGCUGUGCCAUCGUUCCUAGAACUAUGGGCGGGUGACGAUGAGGCGAUAGAGACGUUGAAACAAAUGGUAUUUGUGAUUUAUGGCGGCGGUCCUCUGUCAUCGAGGGCUGGGGAUAAAUUGCACGCCGCUGGGGUACCCGUUGCUUCUGUUUAUGGUGCGACAGAAUUUGGAUCUAUAAUGAAUUUACCGAGUAGAGAAGAUCUGAAGAGUGGUGACUGGGAGUGGAUGCACCCCUCAUCUAAAGUGAAGAUGCGAUGGGUUCUUCAGGAUGAUGGUACCUACGAGUGCCAAGUGUUGACGACAGCCGAGCACCAAGUUGCUGUCGAGAAUUUGCCAGAUGUAAAGGGCUAUGCAACAUCUGACCUUUUCAUCAAGCAUCCUACCAGGGAAGGAUACUGGAAAAUUGUCGGACGUAAGGAUGAUGUUCUGAUCCUCGCUUCCGGCGAGAAAACCGUUCCCGCUCCGAUGGAAAGCGUCAUAAUAUCAAAUCCACUUGUGAGUGGGGUGGUUAUGUUUGGGCGCGCCCGUAGUCAGGUCGGCGUCCUGGUGGAGGCGAUCAGUGAUGUAGAUGUCACGGACACCAAGGCAGUGGAAGAGUUCAGGAAUAAGGUGUGGCCUGAUGUAGAAGCAGCAAACAAAGAUGCCCCAGCAUUCAGUCGUAUCUUCAAAGAAAUGAUUCUCAUUACAUCGCCCUCUAAGCCCAUGGUUCGGGUCGCAAAAGGCACGGUUUCCAAGAAGGCUACAAUCAAAGCAUACGAGGAGGAGAUUAAUGCACUAUACAACACAGUAGAAGCCAGCACGAAGGCAGGCAGUGAUGCAACUCCGCCACGGAGCUGGACUGAGCCCGCGCUCAUUGAAUGGUUGCAGGAGCAAAUAGCAUCGAUUUCUUCAGGUGUCGACAUCAUACCGGACAAGGAUUUUUUUUCGCAAGGUUUCGAUAGCUUGAAUGCAACGUUCCUUCGUAAUCGCAUCCUCGGGGCGUUAUAUGCAUCUGAUCAAGUUGAAUUGCGCACAGCAGCUAAGCGUAUACCGCAGAACUUCGUCUUUGAUAACCCUAGCAUUCAUCUCCUCGCGAAGAGAGUAGCUAGCAUCGUGAACCGACCGGAGGGCGAAACCAAUGGAUCCACUGCACACGACAAGAAGAUGGCGAUCGAAAAUGCGCUUAAGAAGUAUAGUAUUGGGUUGGGAAAGACGAUAAUGACGAACGGUGCCCAUGCGGAGAAUCAGGGGGAAAUACCAUCGAAAGGAUCGGUGGUGUUGCUGACUGGCUCGACAGGUGGAUUGGGAUCAUAUUUAUUGGCUUUGCUCUUAAAGAAUGAGGCUACUGCGAAGGUAUAUGCGUUCAAUCGGCCUUCGAAGGCAGAUGCGAUCAAAGGAAGACAAGCUUCAUCAUUUGAAGAUCGGGCGUUGGAUGUCACUUUGCUGGAUUCGGAAAAGCUCGUUUUUCUCGAGGGUGACGCUGCAGCUGAUAAAUGUGGGCUUGAUGAGCGGACAUACAAUGAGCUUAGGGAGUCGGUCACCAUUAUUAUUCACAAUGCUUGGAGGCUCGAUUUCAACCUUGCCCUUUCCUCUUUUGAGCCCAACAUCCAGGGGACACGUCAGCUAAUCGAUCUCGCAUUAUCUUCGAGCCAUCCCUCCAAUCCACGCUUUUUGUUCACAUCGUCAAUUGCAUCUGCGCAAGGAUGGGACCAAAGAAAGGGGGCAUUUCCGGAAGAAGUGCAGCUCGACGCAAGCGUAGCGGUCGGUUCCGGGUAUGGAGAAAGUAAAUACAUUUCGGAACGUCUCCUGGAUAUGAGUGGCUUGCAUGCAACAUCGUUUAGGAUCGGUCAGAUAGCUGGUGGACCUAACGGAGCAUGGUCAACAACUGACUGGGUGCCGAUCAUUGCAAAGUCCAGCCUAGCUUUGGCUGUGUUUCCAGCCGCCCAAGGUCUCGUUUCAUGGAUGCCCGCGGAAAAAGUGGCCGCGGCGAUUUUAGACGUGGCUUUUGCAGAACAGACCCCACCUUUGGCGCUAAAUCUCGCUCAUCCUCGUCCAGUUUCCUGGAUGGAUACUAUGGAGAUUUUACGUGACACAUUGUUGGAAAAGAAAUGUCUUCAUAGGAAAGAUUUUCCCUUCGUUGAUUUCGGAGAAUGGGUGAAGAGACUGGAGAAACGUGCACAGAAUGCAACAGCAGUAGACUUUGACAAUAUCCCUGCACUCAAGCUUCUUGAUUUUUUCCGUACAAUGGCAGACGCCGACAUGAAAGUACGCCAAUCUGGCAGGACAGAUGUCGAGGCGGGAGGUAUUGCGACCCUUUCCACGGACAAGGCUCAAAGUGUGAGUUCCACUUGGAAGAAUCUUCCACAGAUUGGGAAGACAGAUGCUGAGUUGUGGGUGGAAUAUUGGCUGGCGAAAGGGGCAUUUUAGGGCCCAAGAUAGACGAAUCUAUGGGGUGUGAUCUAUGAUAUAAAAGGCUGUGACAGCGAUUCAACAUCAUCUGUUGCGUUUCAUAGACAUCACAUUGUGUAUAUUACCUCGUGUAACAUAAACAAACGACAUGCUGCAGUCGUCUUAUUCGU